GUGGUUUGUGCGCGUUAUGGAGGCUUUACAAUAAGAGGCGCGCGUGGCUCUCUGAGCUCGUGACGAGAUGAGGCGUGCUGCUUGAUGCUUUUGUCCGUUUCUCACUUCACUCUGCAGGUCGUUGGAAACACGCUUUUGAUGGGACUAUUUUCUGUAGUUAAACUAAAACGUUUUGCGGCUAUAAUUAGACUGUAAUGAAAAAACGCGUGCGUGGGAGUUUUUGGUCGCGAGCCGUUAACUGACUUCCAAAAGUUGUUAGACUUUGUUUCGGGUGAGAGCGCGCGCUAAUCCUCCCCGCGUGGGGUGUGGGGGGGGUCCAGGGUUACUUUUGGUCGUGGAGCAGAGGCGCGCUCAUUAAACUUUUGGGUCACGCGCUCGUUCGCACCAUAGCGGGCGCAUAGCUGGGACCAAUCAGAAUUGUCCCCGGUUUAGUGGUGGAGUUUGGGGGGGGGGGGGGGGGGGGGGGUUUUUAGCCCGCUAAAAAUACCCUGAAGCAGGUUUAUUUCUAAUACGCGCUCUCGGGUCACAACUCUGGAGGAAGCUCGUGCGCGGUGGGCAUUCAUUACGCGCAAACAGAUGAUGCCCACGCAGCUGUAAAACUCAGGAGGACACUAAACUAAACACGCCCCACGGGGACAGAGUUGUUUUGCAGCCCUGUCCAAACUCUAAACUUGGAAAACUUCCCGGCCAAGCAAAAAAAAAAAGGGAAACAUCUCACAGCUCACGUGGAAAAAAAGAAAAGAAAAGAAAGACAAGCAAGAAAGGAUAAAAAAAGCAGAUCCACGCGCGUAAAUAACCCGAGAACUCAUCCUACCAGGUAUCCUGCACCUGCACCUGGCACCAUGACGCGGAGAUACUGCGCCAUUUACGCGGUGGGGAUCCUCUGCGCGCACCUGCUGGUCAUCGGCAUCGCGCUGAUGGCCGCCCAGGUCUUCCGAAAUCUAAUGCACAACCGCCUGAAAAAGGAGAUCGUUUUGGUGGAGGGUAGCCGUGUGUUCGAGUCGUGGAAAAUGCCGCCUCCGCCUGUUUUCAUGGAGUUUUUCUUCUUCAACGUGACCAAUGUGGAUGAGUUCCUAGCAGGGGCAAAGCCAGUGCUCAAACAGGUCGGACCCUACACCUACAGAGAAUACAGGUACAAGGAAAAUGUAACAAUGGUGGACGAUAACACAAAGGUCUCGGCCUACAACACCAAGAGCUUCGUGUUCCUGAGGGAGAAGUCUGUGGGAGACCCGGCCGUAGAUAACAUAACCACCGUCAACAUCCCCGCUUGGGCCGUCAUGAACAAGGUGAAAGGGAGUUUCUUCAAGUCCUCCAUGGUGUCCAUCUGGAUGAACUCUCUGGGGAGCGGUCUGUUCACCACCCGCACCGUGGACGAGUUGCUGUGGGGCUACGAGGACCCCCUUCUGGCCCGCAUCGCCCCUAGCAACCCCGAGGUGGAGUCGGUCUUCGGUCUGAUGUACAAGGCACGUUCCUUUAGCCGGUUUUCGGGGGGGGGAUUCGAUCCGGCCCCGGGCUGCGUUCUGACCGCCCGGAACAAAAACGGCAGCAACGACGGGGAGUUCGUCUUCCACACCGGCCAACAGAACCAUCUGGAUUACGGACGCAUCGAAACGUGGAAGGGUCAAAGGCAGCUGAGUUUCUGGUCCAGUAAUGAAAGCAACAGCAUCGAGGGGUCGGAUGGAAGUGCUUUCCACCCCCUGCUCGACAAGAAUGAACGCAUUUACAUCUUCACUCCUGACCUGUGCAGGACCAUCUACAUGGACUUUGAAAAAGACGUGGAGGUGAAGGGAAUCCCGGCCUACCGCUUCACGCCGCCGCGCUCGGUGUUGGCCAGCAAGGAGGAGAACCCUCUGAACGAGGGCUUCUGCGUCUCCCCCGGCGAGUGUCUGGGCACCGGGCUGCUGAAAGUCAGCCCCUGCAGGAAAGGUGCCCCGGUGGUCGCAUCCUUUCCUCAUUUCUUCCUGGCAGACGAGAAAUAUGUGCAGGCCGUUUCGGGACUUUCCCCCAAAAGGAAGCAUCACCAGACAUAUCUGGACCUCAACCCUACCACUGGAGUGAUUGUGCGGGCAAACAAAAGAGCACAGGUCAACAUCCUGAUCAACAGAAUCACCGGAUUCCCGAAAACCCGAGGCCUGAACGACACCGUCUUUCCUGUGAUGUUCCUCAACGAGAGCGUGACGAUCGAUGACGCGUCGGCAGCGAGAGUCCAGAAGCUGCUUCUCAUUUCCAAGAUGGUGACCAACUUCCCUCUCAUUUUCGUGGGCCUGGGGGGCAUCCUGGUCCUCGUCCUCAUCUUCCUCCUGGUCCGGGCCCACCAGCAAAAGACCUCCGCUGAAGAAGAUGGCUCCUACGCCCCAGUGAGCGACAAGGAAAAGGACGAUCCCCAAAAUGGAACCUACAUUGGCUUGACACCCAAAAAUGACCCUCAAGCUUGAGUUUUAAGGAGGGUGGAGCUUUUUAACACAGGGUGGGUGGAUAGGGGAGCAGUUUUUAGUCUCCAACAUCAUGUAUAUGUUUUAAGUAAAAGACAUGAAGGCAACCUUAAGUCCCAAUUUAGAGAAGUAUGUUUCCUGAGAAGUGUUCACAUCCUUUGUAAAAAAAAAAACCCUGCCUGAAAGAGGAUAAGCGUUCAGCUGCUUAUCAGUUACAUAAAACGAUGGAAAAUAAGUUGAAGUUCCACAACAACUUGAGAUGCUGAGUGCACUUUUUAGUGAUUUUAUAGCAAACACAAUUCACCCGACAUGUGAUACGUCCACCUCUGAUUCUCGGCCCCCGUCCGGUUCCCACAGUGGACGUCACAAACUUGGCACAACGCGUCACGGUCGGGGGCAGAGAACUGAAAUCUAUACUUGUUUUUAGGGUAUAACAUGUCACUCUCAGGGGGUCUCUGCUUGGAUGCUGUUAAACGUUUUUAAAGGAGGCAAAUUUUUCUGGUUUUAAAGAAGUCAGUUCAGUAUUAUAACGUCUCGUUCACAUUUCAUCCUGAAUGGAAAACAUUUUUAUGGAUCAUUACAUGUUCAUUCUUUUUAGAGUGAAGCACAUAUUUGCCACCUCAUCAGAGAGAAAUCGUCCUAUUUUUUGUGUGUAUGUAUAGAAAUGAUGUGUGGAACUGCUUACAUUCCUCUCAGGUCAUGAUGGGGAUGGAUAACAAACAUAUAUAUUUGAUACUUUAGUCAGAUGUAGUUUGGAUUUUUUUUUUUUUUUUCUUGGAAAUGAAGAGGAAUGUGAAUGUGGAACCUCUCAAGUUUGAGCCUCGCAAAUGUCGUCUUGUGCCAUGAAGAGCCAGAGUUUCGUCAGCCACCCAAAGCCCUGAACGUGGCAGGUUGUGUGCCCCUGUGUGUCUGCUUUUAGUAUCUGACUGUUCAGGAAAAAAGGGUUGUAAAUGCCGUAGUUGUGCCUUUAAAUCCAACUGUCACUGGAUUAUUUUUGUUCCUGUUAUAGUUUUUAUCUUUGUUAAAAAAAGUGUGCCGCGCCAUAUCAACGAUUUUACCCUCGGGUGUGUACUUUUUGCUUUAUCUUUUGUUUUUGUGUUGCCAGCAAAUGGCUGGUUUCCAUGUGCCAAUUAACCUAAUGUGGAAAAUCAUGCUGGAUUGCUCUUUUAACACUGUGACGAGCAGCACUUUCAAUAUUGCUCCUGUUGUUGUGUUAUAUCCACAACCGUUCGACAACUUCCCACCCUCUUAUUAACCUGCGCGCCAUAAUAAUAUCAAUGUCCAUGUUAAGCUGUUGUGGAUUUAACUUUUUCCGUUUGACUCGUUCUUUAAUCCAGUGAUGCACAAUAAGAAGACUCUGAGGGACAAAUGAUGAGGAGAGUGGUGAAACUCUAGUUUCUGAUGCAGAAAACACAGUAUUAUACAAUUAUAGUGUAGUUGUGCUUAAAGAUGAUAAAUUAUUUUUGUUUGAUGAAACCAAAACACAGCAACACAUGGCUACUUCGUGCCUUAUCUUGAUCGCAAACCGACUUUCUAAGAUAUUGUUACAGCUAAAACCACGUAUUCCUCUGAUUGCCUGCUUGUUUUGAAAUGUUGACUGUUAAUACUGUUUUUACUCUGUACACAGAAAUAAAAAGUAGUUUCAUUAGACGUGGCUGUCAGUUUGGUGAAUUAUACACUACACAGCUGAUAUACCGUACUUAAAGAGAAGAAUGUGCUGUGAGUUUUUCAGAGUUAGCUCGAUGUGGAAGGGGGGGCAAGAUUCCAGUGUUGUA